GCCGCUGUUAUUAGUGCGUGCAUUUACUGUUUUGGUUUUUGUCCCUGACAUAACGCCGAAUGUGUAAAUCUCGACAAGUGAUGAAUUAAACCAUAGUCAAAACAUGCUGUGGAUUACAAGGAUAAGCUUGCAACGUGGCCUGGCCAUCGUGCAGCAGGCGCAACGUCCGCUGCUGUACCGUGGCAUACGCACAGCGCCCACAAUGCCGGCUCGUCUCUUCGUCGAUGCGGAGAAUCAGUAUGCGCACAGCAUUUUGUCUGGCUCUCUCAAGCCGUACCAAAUUGCCCGUAUUGGCGACUUAUUCAACAAUGCAGCGGCCAGCUGUGAAGAGGCGCCACAACAUGUGCUAGCGCCAACUGAGCAUAGAACAAAACCUGCCGAUUUGUACGAGGAUCUGUUGGCGCUUGUUCAGUUUUGCGCCCAGACGCAAACACAGAUCAGUGACGAACGCUUUGCGGACUUUGUGCGCAUCUUCUGUGAGGAAAUGCACCGUCUCAGUGACGAACAGUUGGUGGGCUCGCUGCGCAGUCUGCAACAAUUGCCCACACCGGAGUCCACGAAAACGGCCAACUACAUGGAACUGUGGAACACGCUGGACAUCGAGUGCUGUCGCCGCAUUGAGGGCUGGUCAAGUGCCCAGCUGCUGCUGGUGAGCGAUGCCUGGUAUCAGCUGGGAUUGGUGCGCAUCGGUGAAUUUGUGUGGUUGGCGCUGCGCAAGCUGGGACGCAAGGUGCGCAAGUUGCCGCCGGAGCAAUUGGUGCAAUCGAUGUUUCUAUGCAAUCUGUUGCGCCGACCGGUGUUCGAGAUGUUCGACUUCGAGCACAAUCUGGCACAGUGUGUGCAACAGAUGACACUCCCGGAGUUGGGCGUCAUGGCGAUGGGUUUCUUCAAGACACAGACACCCAUUCGUAAUCCGGAGUUGUUGCAGCAGCUCUUCGACCGCCUGGAGGCGCAACUGGACACCGUCGAGGACAUUACGCUGGUGGCGCUGCUCAAGAUCUUGCGCUACAGCAGCAAGCUGCAGCAAGUGGAUGCGGUGAAUCAUUUGCUGAACGCGUUGCAGCCACAAGUGGAGCGCGUCUCCCUUCUAACGUGUCUCCACAUGGCGCUGCUUGGCUGCGAGCUGCAGACGUGCAACGAUGAGCUCGUCGAGCGCAUACUGCUGCGCUUCGAGCACUCCCUGGACGAGGCGCGACUGAAGGAUUUGGAGCGCAUUUGUCUGGUCAUUGCACUGUUCAAUUUGCGCACACCCAGUGGUGUGGAGCACCGUCUGGUGCAGCGGGUGCCGCAGCUGCUGCGCAGUCGCAUCGAUGAGAUCCUACGCUAUCCACGUUGCUACACCAAUUGCCUGCAAUUCCUCAGCAUGCGGCAAGUCUGCGAUAUCGAGCUGUUGACCGUGGCGCUCGAGCCGCGCUUCGUGCGUCACGUCUAUCGCAGCGGGAUGCCGGGCCGGGAGUACUUCCAUCUGGACAGCUUGGCCCAGCUGCUGGGCGCGGAGUACACGGGUGCGUUCCUCACCGAGAAGCAGCGCCAGCAAAUGGGCAAAUUGUACACACAAUAUGUGCCCGAUGGCAACUUCAAGCUGAACAAAACGGAUCGCGUUAUGCUGGAGAUUCGCGAUGCUCUCGGCAGUCUGCUGCGCACUCACGUCCAUGCCAAGCAUCUGUUGCCCCACUUUGAUCGCUGUGAUCUUGUCGUCUGCUACGAUCGCCAGCACCAGCGCGUGUUGCCCCUGAGUGCUGACUGUCCGGCGGAUUACACUGGUGUCCUGCUGACGCGGCAGCAUCUACUCGGCGAGCGGGAGGCGCCGCAUGUGGAGACCCUUGUGGUUGUCGUCGCGGGGUGGAAUAAUGUGAUCAGGGACAAGGAGCGGCCGACGGGACAGUUUGCCAUGAAAUUGCAGCAGUUGCGGCAGAUGGGACACAAACCCAUUGUGAUCUAUUGGCAUGAAUGGCGCGAACUGGAAACGUCAGCGGAUCGUCAGGACUUUCUGAAGCGUCGGCUGCGCCAGGCGGCCAACAUAUGACAGGCGAAGGGCAAGGAUGUGGAAGGGCGGGCAGAGGAGCACUGUCUGAAU